UACUUAGUAAAAAUUUUAAAAAAUAUAAAAAGAAAAAAAGAAGAAUAAAGAGGAAAGUGGUCCAAUUAUGGGUCCGUGACAUUGAUAGGGUUGUCCACCUCCUCUACUCUGUCUGGUAAUAGCUGUCACAAACCAAGCUAGGUCAUUUUUCUCUCUCCUCAUCUCAUUCUCAUUCUCAAUUUCAUUCAUACUUUCCCCUUUUUAUUUGAUUAUCCGUUGACUUCCACUCUUAAUUUAUACCAUUACCCCCCUAGGGUUUUGUGAUUUUGAUUGUACAACUACUCUUCUUCAACAAUGUGGGUGUCCUAUCUUUUUAUUUGAUCAAAUUUAUAUACUCCGUAUUUGUAAUCCAUUUUCAAAAUUUAUUAUUACACCAAUUUCAAAAUUUAAUUUUUGAGCAAGAAAUGAGCGCAUCUAGGUUCAUCAAAUGUGUUACAGUUGGUGAUGGUGCUGUGGGUAAAACAUGUAUGCUUAUUUCUUACACCAGCAACACUUUUCCUACGGACUAUGUACCUACAGUUUUUGAUAACUUCAGUGCUAAUGUUGUUGUUGAUGGGAACACAGUCAACCUAGGUUUAUGGGAUACUGCAGGGCAAGAAGACUACAAUAGAUUGAGACCUUUGAGCUAUCGUGGAGCUGAUGUUUUUAUUUUAGCGUUCUCGUUGAUUAGCAAAGCUAGUUAUGAAAAUGUUGCCAAAAAAUGGAUUCCCGAGCUCAGGCAUUAUGCACCUGGUGUUCCAAUAAUUCUCGUUGGAACAAAACUAGAUCUUCGAGAUGAUAAGCAGUUUUUUGUAGAUCAUCCUGGUGCCGUUCCCAUUUCAACUCAACAAGGAGAGGAGCUGAAAAGAGUCAUUGGUGCCCCUUACUACAUAGAGUGUAGCUCAAAAACUCAACAGAAUGUGAAGGCAGUUUUUGAUGCGGCGAUUAAGGUUGUUCUCCAGCCACCGAAGACCAAGAAAAAGAAAAAGAAGGCAAAAGGAUGUUAUAUUUUGUGAUUAGGCAGGCAAACAAAGUUGUUUAGAAGGACAUUGACAUACCAUCAUUGCCAGUUUCGUGUGCUUUAUCCUAAUAUCUGUCAUUUUCUUCAUCAUCUGUUCAGUUUAAUUUGUGGUUUUCAGAGGAAACAGUAGUUUCUUGGUGUAUAGUCUUAACUGACACAGAUAUUUUGCAAAGACAUUCAAGUAGUUUGUACUUUGUUUUCAUUAGAAGGAAGUUGUCUUCAACAGUGGAAUCUUUUAUGUACGACUAGUGAUUAUUACCUUGCCCAACGGCUUCAUUCUUA